CAGUAAUUUCUCCUUCAAAAUUCAAAGGAUCCUCAUAUCCCAAUUUUACUACCACUAUCAUAUUCAUCGCCCUUAUUGUCUCUGAUUAUCGAUUUUGAUACUCAAAUUCUACCAGAGAUGGCGGAAACUACCUCUCGCGAGGAAAAUGCUGAGAAUUUCUUCCUUGUGAGGAGAUAUAGUGAGCGCAUCAGAGAUGAGCUACCAAACGAGCCUUUGUCGCAGGAAUUGGCUGUGAAAGUAAAUUCAGAGGCAGAGCGUCAACAUAAGGGGAAAUACUAUAUUGAUGAGGCUAUGAAGGGGAUGUUUGGGGAAGAUGGCACAGAUCCCAAAUUGUGAGCUUUUCCCAUAUCAUAUUUUGAGCCGUCAUUUUGAGCCGUUGUUUCAUGCCAGAUAGGAAUUGUUCAUUGGCGUUGUAGUGGCUCCUCAUAGACGGGUUUCAUAUUUUUCAUUCAUUUAUUAUCAGCAUAUCGGCCUGCAUUGUUGCAAAGAGGCAGAAAGACCCCUCUUAAACUAUCUCGCCACCCUUGUUUUUCUGGAAAUAAACUAUCCAUAAAUACAGAUCUUUUUCUGACAUUCAAAAGCUACGAAUCUAUAUAUAACACCAAGUUAAGCGAGCUAGAGUCAAAAAGUGAAGAAGUCAAACUACACUGGCAUAAGUUCCAAUCAAAACUCAAGCUCUCAGAGGUGGAUAAAAUCAAGACAACUUCGGAACCAGACAUGAGUGUACUACGAGAUGCUAUCAAGGAAGCCGAAAGUCAAUUACAACAAAAGAAAGAAUCAAACCUAGGCAAAACCAAGACAUUCUUGAAUAGGAGUGUCUCAUGCCUUGAUAAGUAUCACCACCUCUUUGAUCUUCUGCCUACCGGUGAUAAGUAUACCUCAAUAUUUACAGGUUCACUCACCGCUAUUGUAAAGGUUAGAGAUUUAUUUGUUUUAUACUCUAAACCGCGCACCUUACGGCUCCCGCCAGAUGGCGCUGUUAUCUCCAAGAUCAUUUGUAUUGACUAGCUAACAUCGAAAUCCAGGCUACAGUAACCCACGAGAAAAUAGCGACCGAGAUGUCUGAUGGCUUUGACUAGAUUUCGGAUCAUGUCCGAGCAUUAUACUUCGUGGUCAAAGAUCAUCCAAACUCCAUGUACAUCAAAUACCACAUCACUCUCUUCUACUACGACCUGUUCGGAUUUUUGGUCAUCGUGAUGCAACAAUGGUAUUCAUCGUCUUGGCGGCGCAUCGCAAAAUCAUAUGGCGACAGCUUUCUCAAGAACGUUCAGGACACUUUGAAGAAAUUAGGUGGAUAUACAAGAAAGAUCAAAGAAGAGGAUACGAGGAGAAAGAGUGAGAACAGUCUACGGAAGCUAGAAGCUCUUGGCGCAAUCAUGGAAGCGAGCCUCAUGGAGCAGGCGAGGAUGAGAAAGACGCAAGAAAGGAUGGCAAUGGAAAAUGCGUUCUUGUCUGCGUUAGUGCAGCAACAGCUGCCACCCAAUGUUGUAAGGGAUUUCCUGAAAGACACAACUAAUGACGGAAGUAUGGGACCUCCACCGCGCCCGGGGGUAAUGAUGGGCUCGAUUACGGAGACCUUCGCAAACCCUGGUCCUUCUUGGUCACAAGAAAGUAUUUUGGCCGAUGUGGAACCUCUGAAGCAGUACUUGCAGACCCCGCAAGAUGUCAAUAGAUUGGUAGAGCUCAGCCGAUCCAUCGCUGUAAACACAGAAAUCUCGAUACGACUACACAAAUGGGUCACGAAUCCAGACUCAGAAGCACUAUGGAUUGAAGGGCCAUAUGGCCUUUCUUACCCCACUAAAAGCACCCUUACAUCUGCCUUUAUGCUAGGCAAUUUGCGACGCGUCGGCAUUCCAGUAAUCGUAGAGUUUUGUCAGUACAAAAGACCAUGGGACCGAGAGAAAGAGCUACUCAAAGUGAUAUACGGACUGAUUUACCAAGCUGCAACUACGUUGGAGAAGCUUGAGCAGGAGCUCAUUGACAUCGAUUUCACAUCGCCACGAUUUCAGACCUUGAACUAG